AUGAAUAUAGAUGAUAUAGAGAUACAGACGACGCGUAUUCCGCUAGCUCCGCCCACAUACUCGUGCUCUGACUUAGAAUCCCUUGACUGCAGACGGGGAGUCUCCCUUUGGCCCAAGCCCCCUGCGGCGCCGCCCUCGUCGUCGGUGUUCCCUCCGGCGUCCUCGUCAGCCAGGAGCAAUGACUCGAGUGAUUCCGGCAUCUACGACCUCGACGACGACUACUCCUUCGUCAUCACGGAAAAUUCCCCGCCGGAGCUCGUGCAGCGGGUCGUGGCGGACUUCACGCCGGUGGAGAACCUAGAUCUGACGCUGACGGGGAAGCAGUGCCCGCGCCUCCUGAGCGGCUACCAGAGGGCCCGGCAGGAGGAGGCUGAGAUCCUGAAAUCUCUGAGGGAGGACGGGCUCAUCUCGACCUCCAAGCAGCGAGCGGGGGGCGGCGUCUCCUUCGAGAUCAUCGAGGCCACGCCGGCGACCGAGUCCUCCACAAGCAGCAAGUUCAAGCCCAAGGACUUCCUUCCUGAGGAGACGAAGCAGCACCUGGAGGCCCAGAGGAACAAAUUCCACCUCAGGAACCUCACGUCGGCUGAUGUGAGCAGGAAGAUGCACAUGGCGGAGCAGAGAAGACAGGCCGAGAUGGAGGCCAAGAUGGAGAAGAUCGCGAUGCUGACGAAGGGGGGCGACGGCUCCGAGAAGAAGAGCCAGGAAAUCAAGGAGAAAGCGGUCAAGAAGAACGACGCAGCGCUCGAGAAGAGAGAGGCUCACCUGAAGGAGCUCCGCGAUAAGCUGAAGGAGAAGAACAAGAAGGUCCAGCAGAUCAAGCUGAAGAAGCUGAUCAACGGCCCCCCUGUCCCCGUGACGGUCGGGUCGGCGUCGGCGGCCUUCCGCAACGACGACUCCUUCGACAACUUCUUCAACUGAGGGUGACCUCCGGUGCUGCGAACGCACACGUGGUCGGCAUGAAGAGACGACGGAAAAAAGGCCAAUCCUGAGACCCCACACACAGCCUAGAGCCUCCAUGGCGUACCGGGCGCUGACGACGAAAAAGGCAUCCUUCAAGACGACAAAGAAGGACCCCUCGACCCUGAAGCAGAAGCCGCGAGGGCGUCGGUGUUCCCCCGGCUUCGUCACAUCCGCUGAAGGGCAAGCCACCUCCGAGAAAACCUCCCGCCGUGACAUAGCCUGUUCUCCUUCGCGAGGAAUUCAGUUCGAAAAACCGUUGUUGUCAAAAUGCAUUCGAGGAGAUUUCGUGUUAUUGUGAAAAGAGAAGGCUUAUAUGGUCAUACGUCUUGUCAUCUGAAAAAUGUUUUGUAAAAUUGCUGUUUCCUUUGCAAUUAAGUAACCAAUAAA